UGGCCACUAACUUGAAACUUGAAACUAUGCCAUUAGAAAUCUCUAUAAUGUUUUAAAACGAAAAUAAUUAAUGUGAGAAGUACAAUAUAUGCUAAAACAAAAGAUAGUCAACGUUAAGAGCAGUGUGUUUAUUAUAAUUAGUGUCCAAAAUGAAUUGCAAUGAUAACUCCAUGACCACCGACUUGGCAUUAGACGAUGAAAUCGUUAUUUCCGGGAUUGCGGGAAGACUUCCCGGCUCCGACAACGUCAAGCAUUUUCAAGAGAAUCUAUUUAAUAAAAUGGAUCUUGGUUCGGAUGACUGUCGACGUUGGCAACACGAUCAUCCGGACAUACCAAAACGCACAGGAAAGGUCAAUAAUAUCCACAAAUUUGAUGCGGAAUAUUUUGACGUUCCCUUCAACGAAGCCCAUUUGUUGGAUCCUAUGAAUAGAUGUCUAUUGGAAUAUACUUACGAAGCUAUCAUCGAUGCAGGAAUAAAUCCAAAAGAUUUACGCGGCACGAAAACAGGAGUUAUCGUUGGAACAUCUUUUUGCGAGUCAGAGAACAUUAUGGUUUAUGAAAAAACGCAGUUCGCCGGAAGUCUGGGAUGUAAAAGGAAUAUGCAGGCAAAUCGGAUUUCUUAUUGGUUAGGUACAACAGGACCGUCUUUCACCAUCGACUCCGCCUGCAGUUCAAGCAUAUUCGCCAUAGAACAAGCAUAUAGAUACAUCCGAUAUGGAAAGUGCGAUAGCAUGAUCGUUGCUGCCAUAAAUCUCUGCCUGAAUCCUCAAAUAUCGUUGCAGUUUAUGCGUCUUGGUGUUUUAUCGCCCAACGGAUUUUGCAGACCUUUCGACGUCAGUGCAAAUGGUUAUAUGAGCAGUGAAGCAAUCGCAGUCGUAUAUUUACAAAAAGCAAGAAACGCUAAAAGAAUUUAUGCGACUCUUGUUUAUUCCAAAACCAAUUGCGAUGGUUUCAAAGAACAAGGCAUUACUUUCCCAUCGGCAGAGAUGCAAAGUCUUUUAUUUCAACAGUUUUACGACGAAUGCAACGUAUCACCAUUUAGCGUUGCUUACAUUGAGGCACAUGGUACUGGCACGAAAGUUGGUGAUCCAGAAGAAAUCAAUGCAAUCGAGAAAGUUUUCUGCAAAAAUAGACAUAGUCCUCUUCUAAUUGGUUCUAGCAAGUCUAAUACUGGUCACUCUGAGCCUGCCAGUGGUCUACUUCAAAUUUUUAAAGUGGUGAUAGCAAUGGAAACUAGUAUGAUUCCACCAAAUAUACAUUUUACAAAAGAACGGGAUGAUUGUGAAGCUUUCAAGAAGGGAACCAUACGGGUUGUAACUACUACAACAGCAUGGGAACCUACUUUUGUGGGUAUAAAUUCAUUCGGCUUUGGUGGGGCGAAUGCUCAUCUCCUAUUAGCACCUAAUAUGAAAAAAAAGAUCAACGGUGGAGCACCAGAAGACGAUUUGCCUAGACUCAUCGUUCUGUCUGGGCGUACUGAACAAGCAGUCGAGUCAUUUUUACGUGAGGUUGAAAACCAAUCGGUAGAUGUUGAGUAUAUUCGGCUGUUGCAUGAUCUCUUUGCUGACGACAUGCAACAUCAUCCUUACAGAGGUUACACGAUUGUCGAACCUGCAACGUUGAACAACAUAAUUAGUAAGGUAGAACAUUAUUCGGGAAGAAGAAAACCGAUCUGUUAUGUGUUUUCUGGCAUUGGAUCCCAAUGGCGUGGCAUGGGAGAGGCAUUAUUGCGCUUUCCAGUAUUUUUGAAAACUGUACAGAAGUGUGAUACAGUUUUAAGAUCUUAUGGUGUACACAUCAUCAAUAUUUUAACAAGUAAACAGAAAACUACUUUUGAUAGUAUAUUAAAUUCGGUUCUGGGUAUCAACAUGAUGCAGCUUGGGUUAAUCGAUCUUUUAAUGUCAGUAAAUAUCAUGCCAAAUUAUGUUAUCGGUCAUUCAAUUGGUGAACUUUGCUGUGGGUAUAUAACUGGAGAUCUCACGAUCGAACAAGUGAUUUUGUCGGCGUAUUACAUAGGAUUGGCAUUGGAAGCAUCAGAAAUAGUGCACUACAUCAUGGCGGAUAUCGGUCUUGGUUAUACGGAUACCAAGGACAUAUGUCCACCAGAUAUCAAAAUAAUAUGCAACUACAGCUCAAAUUCUUGUUGCAUCAGCGGGCCAACGGAAUCAAUGAAAGCAUUUACAAAGAAAUUGGAGAUUAACGAAAUCUUUUACAAGGAGGUUAACUGUUGCAACAUUCCUCUCCAUAGUUGCUAUCUUGCUCCCGCCAGAAACAAAAUUUUGGAUUACCUGUAUCGAGUAAUCCCGCAAAAGAUGUCGCAGAGUCAUAUAUGGCGUAGAUUGUCUUGCGACACAGAUUUAUCUUGCGCAGAAUACUUUACCAAUAACUUAGUGAAUCCUAUGUUUUUCAAGGAUGUCACAAGAUUAAUACCGGAGAAUGUAGCGUUCAUAGAAAUUGCGCCGGAUGGAAUUUUGCAACGUGUCUUGAUGGAAUUGUUUGACACAACGACUAUCGCGUUGGCUCAACGUAAUUGCAAAGAUAACGUCAAGGUAUUUUUACAAGGACUCGGCAAGAUGUACAAUUGUGGCUUGCAGCCGCAAUUAGCUAACCUCUAUCCUACGGUAGAAUUUCCGGUUAGUCGUGGAACACCGAUGAUUUCGCCAUCGAUCAAGAGUGCAUUACACACACAAGAUAAUAAAUUAUUUUUAAAUACUUUAGAGAUUCCUGUACGUGUAUACAAAGAGUCGAAUAUAAUAAUAUCUGGUGGUGUGAGGAUUCAUGGUCUUAUGGCCACUCCUAUAUUUCGACGCAAACCAAUGGAGAGUCCUGUUCUUGAAGAGUAUAAAUUUGUAGCUCAUCGCGAUAAAGCUAAAGUUUCUUUUGAGGAUGGAAUAAUUUUGUCGACACAUCUCGUCCUGGAGUACCAUCAAACAUCAAAAGUAGACAUUAUCGAAUUUAUUGAAGACGGUGACGAAAUAAUAAUACAGGAAUUAGUCUCUCCAAUAUUUGUUCAAGUCUUGACAAAUUUGCCCCUCAUUCAGCCCAACAUUACUCUAGUGAAAAGGACUACUUUUUUCGAUAACAUUACACUUCCCCCAAAAAUCACAGUUUCGCAGUCGAAGAAGUUGUCGAUCAAAAACAACGCAGUAUUGGUCGCAGGCUGUAAUUUAUUAACAAGGAGUAAAAAUGAAAUUUUAAAAGAAAUCUUACUAAUAUUAAAAGCUGACGGGUUUUUGUUGACACGAGGGCAGUCACUCACGAAGGAGGAGAUCGCAAAUGCCGAAAGGUACAAUCUAAAAGUUGUACUUGAAAAACAAACAGAGAACGAGUAUAUUACGCUCAUGAAGAAGAGAGGACGGCCAAUAAGUAAAACAGAAGUGAUAUGCGUAAACAAUUACGAAUUCUCUUGGCUAGAACAACUUAGAUCAGUUCUAAGUGCGGAGAACGAAUUGGCUAGGUCUACAAGAAUUAUUAUAGUUGGAGAGAGGAAUGCAGAAUGCGGCUUAUUAGGUCUCGUUAACUGUUUGAGGAAAGAACCCGGUGGUGAAUUAAUUAGAGGAGUAUUCAUUCAGGAUGAAAACGCACCGAAAUUUUCAUUUCAAGAUCCUUUCUAUGCAGAACAACUUCAGAUUGAUCUAGUUAUAAAUGUCUUACGCCCGGGGAAAAUAUGGGGAUCGUAUCGACAUCUUCCGUUAGCUCCUCUGAAACCUAAACUCGUACAUCAUGCCUUCGUCAACCAAAUGGUGCUCGGUGAUUUAAACUCGCUUCGUUGGAUUGAAGGUACGAUCACUUCAAAUUGUCAACACGAAGAUCUCGUUAACAUCAUUUACGCUCCCCUUAACUUUAGAGACGUAAUGUUAGCAACUGGUAAAAUCAUGGAAGGCAUACUGUCACGAGGACGCUUAGAGGAUUGCAUGAUAGGUUUCGAAUAUGCCGGUAUUGAUAAUACUGGUCGCAGAGUAAUGGGAAUUUACGAGACUAAAUGCAUGUCAAAUAAAAUAUUAACCGAUAAAUAUUUAUCAUGGCAAAUUCCGGACGAAUGGUCUCUCGAGGAUGCUGCGACGGUUCCAUGUGUUUAUGGGACAUGUUAUUACGCAUUGUACCUUCAUGCGAAAUUAAAAAAAGGUGAAAGAAUCUUGGUUCACUCGGGUACUGGUGGUGUAGGUCAAGCUGCGAUUCAUAUUGCGCUUCACGACGGUUGCGAAGUAUUUACCACCGUUAGCACUUUGGAGAAACGAAGGUUCAUAAGAGAAAACUUCCCGUCUAUCCCUGAGGAUCAUAUCGGGUAUUCCCGUGACACUAGUUUCGAACAGAUGAUAUACCAACAGACCAACGGACGUGGUGUGGAUAUCGUAUUAAAUUCUUUAGCUGAAGACAAACUUCAAGCGUCUGUACGUUGUCUCGCAAAAGGCGGACGUUUCUUGGAAAUCGGGAAGUUUGAUAUGAUGACUAAUAAUACUUUGGAUAUAUCGGUCUUUUCAAAAGGGAUUACAUUUUACGGUAUAAUGUUAGACAAACUUUUCACCGCUGAAGAUGAGCGGAAACAAACUUUAUAUACGGCACUAGCUACUGGUAUUGAAAGUGGAGCCGUUAAACCAAUUACUAGAAAAAUUUUUCAAAAGGACGAAUUAGAAGCGGCCUUUAGGUACAUGGCAGCUGGAAAACACAUCGGAAAGAUAAUUAUAAAAAUACAAGAAGAAGAGAAUUUCAAAGACGUGCCUAUUCUUGCUUUACCGCGUUACUAUUGCUUGGCGAAUAGGUCAUAUAUUAUCCUUGGAGGGCUGGGUGGUUUUGGUAUGGAACUAGCCGAUUGGUUAGUCAUUCGGGGUGCUAAGAACCUCGUGAUGAUUUCACGAACAGGAAUAAAAAAUGGUUACCAACGUAUGAAAAUUAAGCAAUGGAAAUCUUACGGUGUGAAAGUAUUAAUCAUAUCAAACGUUGAUGCAUCAAAUGUCAAAGAUUGCGAACGGAUGUUGAAAGCAGCGGAGGAGCUAGCGCCAACCGACGCUAUAUUCAAUCUGGCUGUACUACUGAAUGACAAGAUUUGUCCCAAUCAUACGAUAGAGACAUUCCAAGAGCCUUUCAAAGCAAAAGCAUGGGCAACGGAGUACUUAGAUCAAUUGUCGCGAAAAAUAUGUCCACAGCUCCGACAUUUUGUCGUCUUUUCUUCCGUAUCAUGCGGUAAGGGCAACGCUGGACAGACCAAUUAUGGAAUGGCGAAUUCUAUCAUGGAAAGAAUCUGCGAAAGGAGGUCGCAGGAAGGCUUGCAUGGUCUGGCGAUUCAGUGGGGCGCAAUCGGCGAUGUUGGUAUUUUAGCCGACAUGCAGGAAGACGACAAAAAGAUGAUCAUCGGCAGUACGUUGCAACAAAAGAUAAGAUCCUGCAUCGAGAAGCUCGAGGAAUUUUUGUUGCAAGAGCAGCCUGUAGUGACGAGUAUGAUUGUGGCUGAGAAACACAUAGACGGUGGCUCAAUCAAUAUUAUCGACACUAUUGCCAACAUCAUGGGUUUGAAAGAUUUGAAUACUGUAUCUCAUCAAGCACGUUUCUCUGAACUUGGGAUGGACUCGAUGAUGGCAGUGGAAAUUAAACAGUCCUUAGAACGGGAGUUUGGAGUUUUUCUCACUGCUCAGGAUAUUCGUAAUCUGAAUUUGGCCAAACUCAUUGAAAUGUUUAACCAAGAAGCUAAGACUGAGAAAUUGCGUUCCGAUGAUAUUUCAGAUGCAAACAACUUGGUUGGUGUAAAAUUACUUGUCCGUAUGAUAGAUAAAGUCUGUGCAACACCUGACGUAUGUAUGAAUCUACCAACAAAAGGCGAUAUAACGAGGAACGAGAUAUUCCUAUUGCCAGGAAUCGAAGGUUGUGGAGAUAUUUUCAGUUCACUGGGUUCAAAAAUAGAAGCUCCAGCGACAUGCUUACAAUAUGGAACUUAUAAUACCGGCAAAAGUUUUAGUACGAUAGCCGAAAUCGCUGACAAUGUUUUAAAACAUAUGAUGAACAGAAUCAAAUCUAAACGAGACUUUUUAAUAAUUGCCUACUCAUACGGAACAUUAAUUGCUAUUGAGUUAGCAAGGAGAUUGGAAGGAAUGCUUCUCCGAGGCCGACUAAUACUUAUCGACGGCGCACCUGAGCAGCUAAAAAUAUUGGCAGAUCAAUUUAUAACUAAUACCACAAUUAACGAAAUUCAAAAUAAUACUCUCCUAAAUAUAAUGGAUUUUUUAAAUCCGGCAGUUAGUGGGAAGCUCCUCUUAGAAUUAAAUAAAUGUGUGAGUUGGGACGACAAGUUGAAUAUAUUUAUAAACCAUCUUUCUACAACAAAUAAGGGAUUAUCAUCCGACUUUACAAGAGCUUUAUGUGUAACAAUUUACAACCACAUACGUGCUAUCCAUGCAUAUGACGUAGUACAACAACCGAAAAUUAUAUCACCUAUAAUACUUCUAAAGCCAACUCUGCAGUCGUUGCGUUUGCCUGAUGAAGACUAUGGUCUACAUAAAAUUACUACAGGAAACGUGGAAGUACAUUACGUGGAAGGUACUCAUGUUACCAUGUUAGACAGCGACAAAGUUGUAGCUGCUAUCAACAAACAAUAUACCAAAGUACCAGUGGAAAACAGUCAAUUAUACACUGAGAGAAAAAAAUAGAAUAACUAUAAUCUCACUAUAUUUUAUAGUUAGUUUUGUCCUCAAACAUAUAUUUAAAACAAUGUAAUAUAAUAAACAA